AUGCCAGAUUUAUUCGAUAAUUUUUUUACAUCAAUAGGUGCUAAAUUUCAUAAUGGACAAACAAAACGUCGUUAUUCAAUGGGGUCACAAGUAAACAGUGGUAAAUUUUACAGUUAUCAUAAUACUCCAAGUAAUAAUAAUUAUUGGUUACCAAGAAAAUCUUCAACGGGUGAAGAAAAACUUGUUGUCAGUGAAGAUGGUAAAGUUAAAUCAGUUGAUGACAUUAAAAUUGGAACCGCUCCAAUUCCAGUUGAUGAGAGUGAUAAAUUAAAUAGAUCAAGAUUCAGUAGUGUUUCAUCAGACACAUCAUAA